GCAUUUGGUACUGAAGCCCGCUCAUUAUGGAACUGAAGGUUGUAUCAAUAGCAACAGUUUAAGAUCCCAAAGUGAGGGGGGAAAAUACUUAGUAUCCUGGUGUUAUUUUAUAUUACGUUUUGUGUUCCGAACUGUUGUACAGUCCGGCAUUCUUAUCAAAUUACUGAUUCUGUGUUCCUGUUGAAAUAUUACCGUACUCUUUUUGGAUUGUCGUUUCUUUUCCUACUUCGAAAAAGACCUCGGAAGGAAAACCAAUUUCUUUUGUGGAGAUUAUUGAAAGCCAUCGAGGACAAAGUUUAAAGGAGUCAGAAGCAGUGUGAUAUUAACAACACGAUUCACUCGAACUUUUUUUUGUGUUAACGACUAGCUCUGCUUUUCAAUGGUCACUAAUCGACUCUAUUUAGUAUUGUUUGUUUGCAUUUCGAGUGCAUUUACUUCUGGAUUAACAUUUGGAUUUUCAUCAGCAACUACACUUCAAAUUUAUUUCAGUUCUAGUUGGAUAGCAGUUUUUGUUGGUUUAUUAAAUGCAGGUGGAAUAAUUGGAUCAUUGUGGUCAACGUGGCUUAUUCGUUAUUAUGGACAUUGUUUUACAUUAUUUCUUUCUUAUGGUCUAUCUGUCAUAGGAUGGGUGUUACUAUAUUUUUCAUCGUCAGCUGUCUACGAACGAUAUUCACCAACUAUUCAAUUAGUAUUAGGACGUCUAAUAACUGGUUUAGGUUGUGGAUUAACUUUAACUACUAAUGUAAUUUAUGUCUAUGAGAUAAUUCCAUCGUCAUGGAAAGUAUUGAUGGGAUCAUUGUUUCAAGUUAGUAUAACAUGCGGAAUUGUUGCUGAUUAUGCACUUGCAAUUUUUUUAAACUGGGAUACUAUUUCUUUGGUUUUCGCAUUGGUUAUUUCACUUGUUGCCGUUUUAACUUAUAUGUUACCCGAAUCUUCUGAAUGGUGCGUUAAAAUGGGUAAUUUGCAAUCAGCUGAAGCAUCUCAUUAUCUGUUGCAGGGAAACGAGAUACCUUUUAAACAAAAUGGGAAUAACUUAAUGAUGAAUGGAAAUGUUUCUCAUGAUAUAUCAGAUCUUAAUACAAAAUCAUCCACUGGUUCUUCUCAUGUAUUGAAUGAUUCAAAGUCUAAGCUUCGUACAAUUUUUAUAUUAAUAACAUUUCAACAAUUAACAGGGAUGAAUGCUAUAAUCUACUUUGCUGAAUCGGUUUGCCUAUUUAGUGGGCUAGUAUCAUAUCAAUGUGGAUUCAUAAUUGGAUUGUGUUUAUUUAUUUCUAGUAUUGUAUCAGUAUUUGUGGUUAGAAAAUUCUCCUGGAAAAAGCUACUACUAGUUGGUGCUGUAAUUAUGGCUUUAUCCCAUCUGUGGUUUUCACUAAUGGUAUCACAGACUGAAAUUUCAAUGUCUUCAAUGCAUCAAAUUAAUUUAAUUAUAUUGGCUAUUACUUUCUCAUGUAGUUGGGGUCCAUUACCAUUAUUAAUAACAAUAGAAUUAUUUCCAACUAUUCAUCGAAAUUAUGUUAUUAAAUCAUCAUUAACAAUUAGUUGGAUAGUUUGCUUAUUUGUUACAUUUAUAUUUGAACCAUUUAUAUUAUGGUCAAGUGUAUCAGUUUUAUUUAGUAUAUUCUCAUUAUGUUGUUUAUUAUCUUGUGUUUAUGUUUAUUUUUAUAUUCCUGAUAUGAAAUCAAUGAACACUACUUAAUAUGUAUUUAUAUAUAUGAACAUUUUCAUUGUAGUUUUGUUCAUUUAGUAUAUUGGUUAAUCACCAUAGCAAUUAGUUUGUUGAUUGUAUUGUGUAGUGUAGACCAAAUAAUUUAUUUUAGCUUUUGGACAAACUAUUCUUCUUUGAGUUAUGUCUCAACUUUGUUUUAAUGAUUUACUUAUCAAUCCUCCCUGGGUUUUUUUUAUAUAUCAGCACAUAUGUGUGUACACACAUCUUAUCCUAUUCAUCACUUAGUUUUGUUGAACUAUAAUAAUAUCGAUUAUUACUUAGUUAAAAGGGAGUUGGCACAUACGCCUUCUUCACUGUGUGUCCUUUCGUUUCAUUCCUCUCAUUUCCUGUUCACAUCAGUGAGUUUACAAAAUAUAUGUAUUUAACAAUCUAUUCUCGUAUUCGACUUAAUUAAUUCCGUUAUUUAAGUUGAUAGUUAUAUACUAGACUAGUUAGGAUGUAUAUUUCGGCAGUAAUCAUUCAAUAAUGAUCAUCUGUCCGAUUUAACUAGAGUCAGAUCCUAAGUCACCAAAGUACACAAGUUUUUCUCAUAUCUAAAUAGAAAAUUCAUCAAUUAUAUAUUUCUCUCCCUGUUACUCUUUACACGUUUUACAACUAAUCUCUAAAUUGAUAUUAUAUUCUCUUCAUUAUCUACAUAUAAAUUUAAUAGAGUAUAUCCAUAGUAUUUAGUUAAGUUGCAGUAAUUACUUACUUACUUAUGCCUGUUACUCCUAAUGGAGCAUAGGCCGUAGACCAGCAUUCUCCAACCCACUCUGUCCUUGGCCUUCUUUUCUAGUUCUAUCCAAUUCUUGUUCAUUUUUCUCAUGUCUAUUUCCAUUUCCCGGCGUAAUGUAUUCUUUGGUCUUCCUCUCCUCCUUUGGCCUUGAGGAUUUCAUGUAAGGGCUUGUCUUGUGACGCAGUUGGGUACUUUCCUCUAGUUGCAGUAAUUGUAUUUUAUAUAUUCAUCUUCUUGACAUUUAUUUUAGUGAAAGUUCUUUUAAAUAAUAAUCAAACAUGGAUAAUACUUAAGUAAAUAUUUAAUUUUAAAAUUUUCACUACUGUUAUAUCCUAAUGAAGAUUAAAUUAUAGGUAACUUCCAAGGACUAUUAAUGGACUGAUAUUCUAUAAACAUUCGUACUGUAUAAUAGUUAGAUUAUGUAUAUUUAUAUUCCCCUUAUUAUAAGCUUCAUUUUGACCUAUAGACUAUCAUUAUUCUUAUACGAUUUACUGUCCCUAAAUUAUGCUCAGUUUAUUAACUACUGCCUUCCAUGGUCAUAGCCACUUUUUGGCUUUAUUGUGUACAAAUAUUAUUAUCUAUUUUAUGGUGUGUUGCGAUCUUUUUGUUUGAUUUAUAAACACAGUAUAUUUGAAAUAAAUGAUUCGUAUAUUGG